AUGGGCAACAAUACCAGUUCAUCGCGGGGUCCCGACUCGCCGUCGACAGCACCCCAGCGACAUGAACAUCCCGGUGCAGCCAGCGGGCCAGCUUCGCCGACCGCUGGGCAACAGCCCCCGGUGUAUGCCUCUCGAGGUCACAGAGGGAGUAGACCUGACCUUUCGUUUCUGGGAAUUGGAUCAAGCUCGCAUGCUGAAGUACCGGAGCGAAGGGAGACGAAGCAGGAGAGGGAGGCCCGGAAAUUGGAGAAGGAGAGAGUCGCCAGAGUAAAGGAAAGGGAGAGGAGUCUCAAGGAGGAACAUGUUGAUGGCGGAUACCUGGUGACAAUGGGAGUUUACACAGGCAUCGAGGACUUCAACAAACCUGUCGUCAGACAGCUGAUGAUUGAGCGGCGGAUAGCACCUUUCUGGCGAGGACUGGACGACUUCAAGGAGGAGUGGACAGAACAUCAAUUGGUCGCCGCUGGUAGAGGGCUUCCCAUCCCAGCAGCUGAUGAGAUCCCUCCAGAAGAGCUCACGAGACCCCUUUCUCCCGAUUCCCGGCAUACCUCGAAUCAAAAUCUCCAGACCUUGACGGUUCCCAUAUCCGGACGCUCCCAUUCAGCGGCUUCUGAUGCGUCCGCAACCCUUUCCCCCUCACAUCCCGCUUUCUCGGGGACAUCUCCGGCCUCAGCAGCGCCUGCUUCACCCUCGCAAUCUUCGUCCCCUUUCCGGCCUCGAUCGAAGACCCUAGCGUCUCUUACAACAUCCUCCAAGAACCCCUCGUCGUCAGAGUUAGUACCUCGUGAGAUACAGCUCCCAGUGGACCCGUAUGUCAAUGGUCAAGCUAUCGAAGUGUUCUUGUACAAGGAUGCUACCGAAUGUCCGAUUUGCUUUCUUUACUACCCACCAUAUCUUAACAAGACCCGAUGUUGUGAUCAAACAAUAUGCUCUGAAUGCUUUGUGCAGAUAAAGAGACCAGAUCCUCAUCCGCCUGAGCACCACGACCCUUCCAAUCCCGCCCCUGCGUCCACAGAAACAACGGCAGAAGCAGAAUCUUUAGUCUCAGAACCAGCAUGCUGUCCAUAUUGCCAACAGCCGGAGUUCGGUGUCACAUACGAGCCCCCGCCAUUUCGAAGAGGCCUUUCCUACGCGAAUGUGAACCAUGGUUUGGGAUCCUUCGCCUCUGCGAUGUCUUCAUCAUCUUCACUCAACUCGACCACGAGCCCAACACUAUCUCCACACCCACAUACGCAUAAAAGACGGACCACCUCAAUAUCUGCCAAUGCCUCAACCGUCAUUACAACGGACAGAGUUCGUCCUGAUUGGGCUACUAAGCUCGCAAAUGCUCGGUCACAUUUGGCUCGACGGUCGGCGGCAGCCACAGCCCUGCACACAGCUGCAUAUUUGAUAGGAAAUGGUGCAGCCGAUAGUCGUGGUUUUGCUUUCAGUGGAAGAAGUCGUUUCGGUAGGAGUCGUGGCGAUAAUAGCCCAGUGGCAAGUGGAGCAGCGACUCCUUCGCAGACCACAGCUGAUGGUGGUCCAAGAAGUGUAACUGAGCAACUAGCACUGAUGAGAAGAGAAGCUCAAGAAACAGGCACUAGGCGGCGAAGUAGAAUGGAGGACCUCGAGGAAAUGAUGAUGAUGGAGGCUAUCAGACUAAGUCUGGCGGCUGAGGAAGAGAGGAAGAAGAAGGCAGACAAGGAGGCUGCAAAAGAGGCGAAGAAGAAGGCGAAGGAAGAUAAGAAGAGAGAAAAGAAAGAGAAGAAGGUGUAUGGAAGCGGGGCAAGUUCGGCCAGCGGAAGUGCUUUGAGUCUGUCACUUCCAGGACUUGGACGAAGACGCGGAAACAGCGGUGCAAGUAAUCUGGCCCGCGAGAUCACGCCUGAGGACAUGGAUUCACCAGCAUCCAAAGGGAAAGGUGUUGACCGGUCCGUUACCAGUGCUCCUAGUUCAUCUGCUAGCGGCUCAGUACCGAUUGACUUUCCUCGUUCCCGCAGCACUACUGGAAUUCCUGGAGCUCGACAUCUUGAUACGACCACUCUGGCAAAUAUCCAUGACUUACAUCAACCUUCACCUUCUCCGACAGUUCCAGAUAAGCCUUCCCACCUUCGUCAAAUGAGUAAUGCAUCCAGUCCUUCAUCAUCGUUUAUCGAGUCUGCCCCUGGUAGCCUCAGGAAUGAGUUUCAUGGCCACGGCUCUUCUUCGACUCUGGAUUCGCCCACGGCGUCUGGUACCAAUAUUGCCAAUCAUUCGGGAGAUACGCCCGAUGAUGUGGAUACAAAUGGGAAUGCUUUAGAGCCAAUGUUUAACUUCCAAAGCCUUGCCGCUAUGAUUGGCAGUGAAGAUAAUAAAGAAGAUAGAGAAGAUGCUGCGAAGCAUAUCGAGUAUCUCAGCAGUGGCGGAGAGAGCUCAAGGAGUAACAGUGCAGAGGGGGCGUCGCACACUGGUCUUCAAGAGAGUGUGGCUACAUUGAAGGUUGACAACUCGAAUGGUACCCAAAGUACUGCCCACGCAGACAGCAGGCAGACUACUCUUCUGGAACCUCACCGGACAACACCAGAAGUAACGCUCACCCCAGAAACUCCUGCUGCGAGUACCCACGAUGACCACGACGGCAAACAACUUGGGUGGACAGGAACUGAACAGAUCGCGAGAGAAAUUACACAAUGA